ACCAAAUAAGUUUAUUCUCUUACGAUUCUUUUGGGACUUUUCUUUCUGGACUCGUCAAGAUUUUUUUUUUUGACUGCACCCCGCAUUUUUAUUUGACAAGAAGAGCCUGCAAAAAACCAAAACAUAACAUAACAGUUGUACGCAGUUUAGGAAGACGAAAGAAAACAGAAACGGGGAAAGCAAAAGCUGCACGAUUCCCCUGUCGAUAUAUAAGACCAGAAACAAGAGAAACACGGGUGCGAAACCGAGAAAGAUACAGAGGACACGAAAAGAAAAGCAGGCAAGACCUUUAUACCUAUUGAUCAGGAACAGAAACCCACUCAACAUCAGAAAGAGAAGAAAGAAAGAAAGGAAAAGAAGAAAAUGGGUGGCUGGAAAUUGCCCGUGUCGAUGACCAUGAUGUUGGUAUUCAUGGUGGGUAUGACAACCUUGGCAGAGGCACAGGACAGUGCCAACACAUCUUGCGCUCAGAAACUGGUCCCGUGCUCUAGCUCCAUCAAUUCCAACAGUACCCCAGCAGCCAACUGCUGCAGCUCCAUCCAAGACGCCGUGAUCAACCAGCUUACCUGCCUCUGCAACCUUUACAGCGCCCCCGGCUUGCUUCAGUCUUUUGGCAUCACCGUUGAGGAGGCUCUUCGUAUCUCCCGUGCCUGUAAUGUCAACACCGACCUCAGUAAAUGCAAUGGCACAGUUCAGUCGCCUACGUCGCAGCCUCCCCCAGGAGUACCUGGAACUGAUGCAGCAGGCAGGAUAGGGUGGACCGGCCUUUCUGCUCUUUUCUUCUUCCUGGCUUCUAUGAUGUUUUAUUAGGCUGCCUAGCUACACAUAGGAACAGAGACACUUAUCAGAGUGAAAAUAAUAAUGCUGCGAUCAUUUCGGUAUCGAUCGAGCAGCAGCCUUCCGAUAUCUUGGUUAUAAUUCUUUUACGUGUUUAGCUUCUACUGUUAUUUAAUUGAUUAUUCCAGUGUUAUUACCCUUAAUGAUUUACUUAUUCAUGUUUAUGUCAAACUUUAGUUACUGUUCCUACUGCGUUAUUCUUAAAGAUAUCGACGUUUGGACU